GCGGCGGCGGCUCCGGCCCGAGGCCCCGGGGAUGGGCGCGGACCGAGGCCGGGCAGCGGGGCCGCACGCAGCGAUGCCCGAGGUGCCCUUGAUCUGCGCUGACACUGUCACACGGGUGAGCUCCGUGCUCAACCGGGACGUGAAGCAGUUCGGGAAGACGCACAUGUUCGAUGGGAACGAGGAGACGUGCUGGAACUCGGACCAGGGCACGUCCCAGUGGGUCACCCUGGAUUUCCCCAGCACUGUCAAGGUCUCACGGCUCCACAUCCAGUUCCAGGGGGGAUUCUCCAGCCGGCUGUGCACACUGGAAGGCUGCAGAAUGGGCGAAGAACUGGUGAAAAUAUCUGAUUUGUACCCUGAGGACACCAACGCCCUGCAGAGCUUCCAGGUGGAAGAGACAGCACUGGAUAAGCUGAAGAUCACCUUCGGGAACAGCACCGACUUCUUCGGGAGGAUCGUGGUGUAUCACCUCCGGGUGCUUGGGGAGAGGCUCUAGCGCGGCGGCGGCGACGAGAGACCGCGGGUGGGUCGCUCCCCGGCCGCCGGGGUCCCCGCAGCAGCCCGGCUCCGCGAGCUCUGCCGUGCCCAGGGGCACGGGACAGCGAGCCCUGCCCCACGUGUGCCCCCAAGGCGCUGGCAGAGGGGGGACCCUGCUGCCCCCGGGACAGCCAGCGGGCCGUGACAGAGGGAGGCCAGUGCAGAAACCCACGUGCCUGGACUUGCAAGCCAGCCUGGGGUCUCUGCUGCAGGACAGAGCCCCUAUAACUGGCUGAAUAAAUGGUUGUGGCCUC